AUGACAUCCGUUCUUUUUCUUUUCCUACUCAUUGGUCAAUAUGUCGCCACGGGAGUGCCUCCGGAGCUCGGCUCACCAGAACGUUCACCUCUAGCUGAUUAUCGAGACGUGAAGAUCCAGCUUCCAUGUCCCGCUGAUACUGUUGCGAUCGACAUAGGAGCCCGGGAACAAUCUCCAAUUCGGACCUCACCUGAGGCCUCAAUAUUGUCAAACGAUCAAUUAUCCCGACAAAAUCUGCCUGUUCGAGAUAGUCCCGAGUCAAAGGAGCUCUCACCUUCCGACCGUGGGGCUCACAAGGAUCGUUUUCCCUGGUACAGUUUUGACGAAGAGGAUACCUCAAUUGCCAGACAUCGGAACUACGAUUAUUACGAUCGGUACAGGCCAUGGGAUGAUCUCUCACUUCCCGAAAAUCGGGCGGGCAGACGCGUCGAAGCAAUCCCUUCCACGUCCAACACCAGAACUGAUAUUCAAGUUCUACGGCGGAUUCGAAAUUACGAACUCAGUGAAUCAGCUCGUUUUAACAUCAAAUGUGGGCUUGCGACUGCCGCCGUACUGUCUUUACUGGUAUUCCUGGUGUUGUUCACCAUUUGGGACAUCAAAAGACACAUCGACGGAAGUUACCCCUUCAUUUACAUAGUACAGCCUGGUAGAAAACCCAGACGUCAUUAUUGA